AUGUUUCAUCCUACAUCUGGUCGUGAGGGUUUUAAUGAAGUAACAAACCAAAUGGCUUUUCCAUCACAAGGUUCUAUCGAUCCGAGACUUGCAAUGAUGAUUAAUAUGCAAACACAACAAGCCAUUGGUGCUUCUGGUAUGCCUUCUGGCGUUAUAGGCCAAGGUUUUAUGAAUUAUUAUCCUUCACCAUACACUUAUGGUACUCCACAACCAUAUGGAUUCUUUCUAAGAAGAUAA